CCCCGCUACUCCGUGCGAGAGGCCGUCACCUGGGGCGCUGUGGGCGCGGUGCUGCUGCAGCUGCUCCGGCAGAUCGCGGGGCUCAGGUCGCUGCCGGACUCCCGGACGGAGCGGAGGCUGCCCUGGAGCUCCUCGCUGCCCCCGCAGCCCGCAGCGGUGACUGAAGCCUCAGCCGGCUGUCCUGGCGAGCAGCUGGGGUCGCAGUUCCUGCAGAAAGCAAGUGCAGAGGCUGUAGCAGAGAGUUCAUCCUCAGGCAUCCCCUCGGGGCAAGGAGAGAGCCAGCCCUGGGCAGAAGCAGGAGAGUUCCAAAUCCCUGUGAGCUGCAGGGUGGGGCCAGUUCUCCACAGUGCAAAGGGUGACCCAGCUCAGCGAGGGCAGUUAGAGGAAGCCGCUUCCCAAUUGCAGCAGAUUUUCCGAAUUGAUAUUUCCAUUGCAUUGAAUAUCCUCGGCAUCGAGAGCAUGAGGGCGGGGCACAGCCGGGUGGCCUUCACCUGCUUCAGGCUGGCCGCGGAUCGGGGCUACAGCAAAGCCCAGUUCAACGUGGGGCUGUGCUACGAGCACGGCAGGGGCACGGAAAAGGACCUGGAAAAGGCAGGUUUUUAUUACUGCCAGGCAGCCAGCAGCCGUCACCCCAUGGCCCAGUACCGCUACGCCAGGUACCUGCUCCAGCACGGCCCUGGCAGCCUCUGGGACAGGAAUCACAAGGCUGUGGCACUCCUGGAGCAAGCAGCAGGGGCUGGCAUCACAGAGGCACAGGCUUAUCUUGGAGUGUUCUACAUGAGGGGGCUUCAGCCCCAGGAGGAGAGAGGUCUGAAGUACCUGCUGCAGGCAGCAAACAGUGGGGAUGCCCAGAGCAGGUUCCACGUGGGUGUGUGCCACGAGCAGGGCCUGGGGGUGCAGCAGAACGUGGCGGAGGCGCUGCGGCACUACCGGCAGUCAGCGGCCGCGGGGAACAGACAGGCCCAGGACAGGCUGCGGGCAUGGCAGCAGGAGCUGCAAGAUGUGCACACAAAGCAUCCAUUCCCUUCAGGAUUAAGAGCCUCCUCCUCCAGCCCCAAUUUCUGGACUAUUGAGCCUGUGUCUGCAGGUCAGGCAGGACAGUGUGGCCUGACCCUGCCCCACUCAUGGAGCACAGGCAGGCUGCACAUGAUGCUGCUCAGCAGUGCAGGGUGGAGCUGUGCCCUCAGAGCCAGGACAGUGCCACUGGAGCUGCAGGGCUGGGAGCCCCAGCACUGCUGGCCCUAGAGCAGGCAGAGGGCAAGGCAGCCCUUGGUGUGGGCUGGAACCAGGCUGGCAGUGAAUGGAAAGAGAAAGCUCUCUGUUCAUGCAACAGGAGUGGCAUUUUUAAAUGCCUGGGGUUUGAGAAUAAACUUUGUGAUGUCUCCUACACUA